AUGUUUUAUUGUUGUUAUUGUCAACAACAACGACAACAACAACAAUACGAAGAAGAAGAAGAAAAACGUUUUGUAAUUCGUACUAUUGAAAAAUUACCAGUUCAUUCCGAAGUCAUUAAUCUUCGACGUCUUUUAUUAUCAAAUAAUAUUUCUGAUAGUAAAAGUGCCGAUUUUACUCUUGCUAAACGUGACGAAUUUCCUUAUAUGUUCUUUUUAAUAAAUCAUUCAUCACGUGGAAUAUUAACAAUACGUAAAGAAAUUGAUCGUGAUGAAUUAUGUCGUUUACGUCGUUGUCGUUGUGAUACAUGGUGUGAUUUAGAACUUGAAAUAUUUGUUAAUAAUGAACAAUUUAAUAUUGAAGUUAUUACAAUACGUAUACUUGAUCAAAAUGAUCAUAGCCCACAAUUUUCCAGUUUAAACAAUCCACUUAAUUUAACUAUUGUUGAAAAUGCACAAAUUGGAGCAAUGAUUAAACUUGAACCAGCUAUUGAUUAUGAUCAAGGACAAAAUGGAAUUAUUGGUUAUUCACUUAUAUCACCAACUUCACUUCCAUUUUCUCUUCGAUAUGAUUUAAUACGUGGUGAUUUAUCUCUUGUUGUUGAACAAAAUCUUGAUCGUGAAUUAAUAUCAUCCUAUACAUUCGAUAUAAUUGCGUAUGAUGGUGGAAAUCAAACAGGUCGAUUACAUGUCUAUCUAACUAUCGAUGAUGUUAAUGAUUCUCCACCAAAAUUUGAUCAAUCAAUAUAUAUAAUACAAAAUAUUAGUGAAAAUAUUUUAAUGAAUUCAAUUAUUAUUCGAGUACAUGCUACUGAUAAAGAUGAAGGUGUUAAUAGCGAAAUAACAUAUCAUUUAAUAACACAAGAAAAUUGUUUUCAAAUUGAUCAUAUAACUGGUGAUAUACGUGUUAUAUGUGUAUUAGAUUAUGAACUACAAACCAAAUAUCGUUUAGAAAUUGAAGCAAGAGAUGGUGGUGAAGGAUCAAAAACAGAUACUUGCACAUUAAUCAUUCAUAUAAUGGAUGAAAAUGAUAAUUAUCCUAUAAUUGAUUAUUAUCCAAAUGAUAUACAAAAUAAUUCAAAUAGUUUACAACUUUCUUUAAGUGAAUUAUUACCAAUAAAUUCUUUAAUAUUAUCAUUAUCAAUAAUUGAUCAAGAUUCAGAUGAGAAUGGACGUGUUACAUGGAAACUUGAUCGUUCAUCAUUGAUACCUUUUGAAUUAAUACGUUUAACAGAUACUACAGGUGAAUUACGUACAAAACGUUUACUUGAUCGAGAAUAUAUAUCAGAAUAUUAUUUUAAACUUGAAGCACAUGAUCAUGGCAAACCAAAAUCGAAAUCUACUUAUUUAAGUAUACAUAUUACUAUCUUAGAUGAAAAUGAUAAUGCACCAAUAUUUCGACAAGAUGAUAUUCAAGUAACAAUUAGUGAACAUGUUAAAUUAAAUAAUCAAAAUGGUUAUGAAAUAUAUCAUGUUCAAGCGGAUGAUUAUGAUCAAGGACAAAAUGCUGAAGUUACAUAUUCAAUUUUAAAUCAAAAUAAUAAUUUAUUUCAAAUUGAUACACAAACAGGAGUUAUUCGAGCAAUGGUUGAAUUUGAUCGUAAACAAAAAAAUACUUAUGUAUUACAGAUACAAGCAACAGAUAAAGGUGUACCACCAUUAUCAUCAAAAGCAACAAUAACAUUUACUAUUAUUUCUCGUAAUGAAUAUCCACCCAUUUGUAAUAUUGAUAAAAACAGUGCAUCAUUAUCAGUUAUGGAAAAUAGUAAACAAGGAACUAUCGUUGCCACAAUAAUAUGUCAUGAUGAUGAUACAGAUGGAAUAAAUGGACAAAUGAAUGUCUAUGCACAAUGGUGGUUAGAAGAUAGAUUAUUGAAUAGAACUACAUAUAAUAUUCCAUUUGAAAUAGUGACGACAAAAAGUAAUACAUCUGAGUCAACCAUACAAAUGGUAAUUACUGUAAAUGGUUUAAUAGAUCGUGAAUUAGUAUCUUCUUAUCAACUUUUACUUACUAUAACAGACAAUGGUAAUCCACCACAAUCAACAAAUAUUUCUUUUUCAAUCGAAAUUCUUGAUGAGAAUGAUCAUUGUCCACAAUUACAUAUAGAAACAUCAUUUAUAAUGAUUAAUCGUGAUAUAACACAUAAAAACUUUCCAUUUCAUCUUAUUGCAUCUGAUAAUGAUCAAGGUUUAAAUGGACAAAUAACAUUUGAACUUUCAUCAUUAACAUCACCACCAUUUAUACAUUUAUAUUCAAAUGGAACAUUAUUUAUAGAAACAAAUUCAAAAUUAAUUCAAGAAGAUUCAUUAAUUAUUCUUCAUGUACAAAUAAGUGAUCAUGGUCAACCAACACCUUGUCUUAUUGUUGAAACAUUACGUUUAUUUAUUGGUACAAAUCGAACAGAUUGGUUAAAUGUUUUAAAAAAUAAUCAUAACAACGAUCAAACAUCAUUACGUCUUGUUACUGAACAAUUUCAACAAGGUAAACGAAUGGCUUAUGGAUCAUCAAUGCAAUCAACACCAAAAUCUUCUAAUUCAUCGAAAUAUUCAUUACUUUUAUCUUCAUUAUCAACACGUAAACAAUUCUUUGCUAUAAUUAUUGGUACAUCUAUAUUUCUUUCUACUGUUAUAAUAAUAUUAAUUUUAUAUACGAUCGAUCGUUUACAUAAAAAAAUUAAUAAAAAAAAAUCAUUAAUUAAAACAAAUGGCCUUAGUACUUGUCCAUAUAAUUUAGCAAAUGGUAAACGUAUUGCAAGUUCAUCACCAUUAAAAACUCGUUUUUGUUAUGAAGACGAUUCACCUACACAUAAUUAUACAAGUUUAAAAUCAAUGAAACCUAUUAUUGUUGCUGGUUCAUCAAGUCAAUCAUCAUCAUCUGUUGAUUCAACAACACGUAUGAAUACAGCACAUA